CCCAGAAUGCUGGCAAGUUUCCUAACAAACAAAUAUGUUAUUUCACUUACUGGUUGCUUUCUACAGUACUUUUUCUUCACUGGGCUAGCAGGUGCAGAAUGCUGUCUCCUGACUGUCAUGUCUUAUGACCGGUACAUUGCGAUAUGCAAACCACUGCAUUACACAACCAUCAUGAAUGGCAGGUGCUGCCACAAGUUAGCAGGGGGAUCUUGGGUAACUGGGUUGUUGGCUAGUGCCAUAGUCACCUUUCUGAUGCCACAGCUAACUUUCUGUGGCCCAAAUGAAAUUGAUCAUUUCUUCUGUGACUUCAUGCCGGUGGUAAAGCUCUCCUGCAGUGAUACUCACUGGAUUGAGCUUGUAACAUUCAUCUUGGCCUCUCUUUUGACACUGCCCCCAUUUCUCUUGACACUCAUAUCUUAUGUGUACAUCAGCAACACUGUCCUCAGGAUCCCAUCCUCCACAGGAAGGCAUAAGGUUUUUUCUACCUGUUCUUCACACCUCACUGUGGUGACGCUUUUCUAUGGGACCUUGAUUGUUGUGUAUUUGGUACCAAAAGUACACAUACUGGGAGACCUCAACAAA